AUGUCUUUGUGUCUUUUUCUGACCCCGAGCUGCGCCGACGCCGGGGCGGGGGCGGAGACAAUCUGCGCCAGCAACCAGCUCCAACCGACUCUCCAUCAACCGGGGUUCACGAUUGCUCGCCUGCCGUCUACUGCCACCUGUUACUGGGACCGCCCAAUCUGCGUGGAGGGCGUGGCGCGUUAUCGUCAUGGAUUCAUUCGACAACAUAUCCUCUGUAGUCGGAUCCCGCGGCCCUGUCCUCGUCCCGUCUACCCUGCCCGCUCCUCGUCCUCCUCCCACACUCCGACGCCGUCUGCCAACAGCCCCUCGAAAUCGGUUUCCAGUCGAAGCCGCCGCAAGCCUGCAAGCGUCUUCAAGUCCCCCUCGGCGGACGACCCUGGGGAGUGGGAAGCCCAUGCUGCUCGAAAACGCGCCUCGCCCUACAACCGAGUGCCGGCCCGUCGGGCUUCCUCUUCUACCGACACCACACGUUCUUCCGACCCAACAUCCCCCGUCAAGACCGUUGCUAAACACAACGCGCCAUCGUUGCCGCUAUAUCAUCCCCUCGGGCCUCUGGCCCAGUCGCUUCCACCCCUCGAUCCGGGGCUGUUCGGACUACCAAGUUCGUUGAGCAUCGUCGACGACUCUGGAGACCUGAACGAUGGCGAUGCAGCAGGGCGCUCUAGCUCCCGGGCCCAGCGCGCUCCAAAGUCCCGCGAACCCGGAAUCGACGAGUCAGCAGGAAACGGCACGCCAAACGGCGCCGAGAAGACGACAGAUGCCCCCGCCCGGGACCGCAAUCCGAGUCCGCGCAAGCGAAGAGGCGGUCCGAAGAGGAAGCGACGCGAGACGGACGAUGGAGACUCUGGCUUUCCACCUCCAGCCAAGCGGACGCGCAAUCCACGGGGUGUGGCGGCCAACAGCUCCGCGCCGGCCGCCCCGUCGCCGCUCGUGGGUCCGGCGGUCGUUGCUUCAGACCUAGUAGAGGACGCCCCCGUGCCCGAGAACAACGGAGAUGGCGAGGAGCUUCCCCAAGAAGAAUUCCAGGCGCCGAAACGCAGUGCCCGGACGCGGAAGCCCCGGGCCCGGCCGGUCAAGCGGCGAGACUCGAGCGGCAGCGCGACGUCUGGUACAUCUGUCUCAGUGCCCAUUGCGGCGGCGACCAAAGCUGCGCCCGCGUCCGCCGACGCUGCGGAGACCCAUGUGGAGGACAACGCCGCUUCACCACACAUAAACGGUGAUGUCGUGCUCGAGGACGCUGCGGUCCUAAAGAGCGAGCCGACCCCAUCGCCGACGCCGCUGUCUGGUCCUCUGCCCGUAUCUACACCCGCGCCCGAAGUCACAGUCCAUCUUGCGCUUGCAUCGGCGCUAGCAAAUGUUACUCCGGGUAAAGGAUCAACGACGAGCAUUCCAGCCGCAACGGCUAACAGCGUCACACCCGCGGCGGGUGGGCGUCCUGAAUCCUCACCACCGGUCCCCAAGUCAUCGUCGCCUCCCCCACCGGCGCCGGCACCCAAGGCUGCGCCCUCGAGGUCGAAAGCGGCCGCGUCGGAACCCAAGGCUGCCGUUCCAGAGCCCAAGCUUCCGGCCCCGGAGUCGAAAGUUACCCCAACGAAGGUCCCAGCUCCAAUCCCGCCGAAGCCGUCGACGCCUGCCCCGCCCGCGGCUGCGCUCACCCUCGCGUCGCUCCCUCUACCGGUCUCCGCGCCUCCCAAACCCGUCCCUGCUUCUGUACCGCCGAGGCCACUCCAUGCUUCCGUGCCGCCGAAGCCGGUCACAGUCGCGCCGCACAUGCCCACGCUUGCGCGACCGCUGCCUCCCCACAUGCACAAGAACGGCCCGCAGCUGUUGCCGCCCCAUCUGCCCAGCAAGCCCCCGCCUCCGCAGCGCGAAGAGCGGGAGGAAGGCGAGCUCAGCGACGACUAA